GGGAAAGUUGGCUUUUCAGGGAAAACUGUAGUAUACGUCCUCCGAACCGGGUUCGUGAGGUAACCGGCCGUUGUAACUUUCAGGGAAAGUUCGCUUUUCAGGGAAAAGCGCCCUCAGCACAGGGUUCACGAGGGGCACCGGCCGAAGUAACUUUCAGGUAAAGUUAGCUUUUCAGGGAAAAGCAAAUAAAGCAUAAAACGGUACCGUAGGUGUUCUCGCCGACAGGAGAAAGUAAAUUGGUAACUCCCGCCCAACGGAGAAAUUUUAAUUUGGCCUUAAUUUGGAAUUUUGGUGUUCUCACCGUAAACAAAGAUUUAAAAUAGGCGCCAUAAAUACGCGUAUGUGUGUGUGUGAAAGUGAGUGAGAGUGAAAGCCGCCAUUGAAGUGGAAGCAGCAGCAUGAAGAAAAUCUAACGGUUUUCAACUUCAUGGUCUGUUGAAGUACACAGUGAAGGGCGGAUUUGGGUUUAGGUCUCAGUAAAGACACGUGGUCUGUACGAGACAAAGCAAAGGCCGAUUGUACGUCGGGAACAAUGGGUAAGUCCUCGUUGAAAUGCGAGGCCGCCGUAUUAGAGGGCGAUGUAAAAUUUAUGGAAUGGCAUAAACAAGGGUCAACUCAAUAUAUAACUAAAUGGAAGAAAAAAUAUGGGUUUAAGGGAAAGUUGGUAGUGACAGAAUGUGAAAACUUAGUAACACAGCUGCAACAAAAAGCAGCAUUUUGCAAAAAGGCGCAGUUGGAACUGCAGUGUGCUAAGUUGUGGCUGUUACAAGCUAAACGCCGACAGGAACAGCGGAAGGCAAAAGCCACAGCAGCAAAACCACCCACACACGUGCACGCAGCUGUAAUAAAGGCAGAUGAGGAAACUCACAUUGUAUGUAGAUCCCAGCAAGACCGUAGUGGGCCUGACCCUGCGGCACCCGGAGCCGAGCCAUGUUUAGCGGGGGGAGGAGCUAACGGGGUAAAACAAGCCGCGCCAUGUUUAGAGGGGGGAGGAGCUAACGGCGUAAAACAAGCCGCGCCAUGUUUAGAGGGGGGAGGAGCUAACGGGGUAAAACAAGCUGCGCCAUGUUUACAGGGGGGAGGAGCUAGUGGGACAAAACAACAUGAGACCCAAGCAAGGGAAGGCUUAACCCCACACAAAAUUGACAUAGAGCAAUGGGCGACAGAUAUAAGGGGAUUACAAACCUCGUUUAACCUGAAUGGGGAUGAAAUGUUUCGUGUGUUCCGCAACCAUUUUAAACACGAGUGGGGAAGAGUAAGGGACACCUUCACAGGAAGAGAUGAGGGCGGCAACAUUUUAAGGCAUAAUUCAGAAAUCUUACGGCAAGGGAUGGAAGGAGUAAUUUUGAGAACAAAACAGACCCUAGUGCCACCCCCAAAUUAUGACAAAAUUAACCAAUGCAGACAAAAGGAGGGUGAAGAUGUGUACGAGUACCAAGGUCGCCUGGAAGCAGUUUUUAAAGCCCACAGCGGCAUUCCUGAAAGUACAGAACCAAACAACCCCUACCAACAACACCUAAAACUAGCACUAAUGUCAGGAUUUCAGCCCAAAUAUUCUGAUUUUAUUCAAAAACACUUUGUAAAUCACUCAACGGCUAAUGUAAAUGAAAUUAUGAACUGGGCAACACACGCAGAGGGAGUGAUACAGAGAAAAAAAAGGCGAAAAAUCUAAAUCAGGGG